CCUUUUUUGAGCAGGAUCUGUAAAAGCAUAAUUGAAUUUGUUUCAACCCCGUGGAUUCCAGUGGGCCCGACAGCGCAACAGGCAGGCUUUGGACGCACAGGACUGGUACUGGCAGCAGCGGUGGAGUCUGAAAGAUCAGCAGAACAGAAAGCUAUUAUCAGAGUGAUCCCCUUGAAAAUGGACCCCACAGGAAAACUGAAUCUCACUUUGGAAGGUGUGUUUGCUGGUGUUGCUGAAAUAACUCCAGCAGAAGGAAAAUUAAUGCAGUCCCACCCCCUGUACCUGUGCAAUGCCAGUGAUGACGACAAUCUGGAGCCUGGAUUCAUCAGCAUCGUCAAGCUGGAGAGUCCUCGACGGGCCCCCCGCCCCUGCCUGUCACUGGCCAGCAAGGCUCGGAUGGCGGGUGAGCGAGGAGCCAGCGCUGUCCUCUUUGACAUCACUGAGGAUCGAGCUGCUGCUGAGCAGCUGCAGCAGCCGCUGGGGCUGACCUGGCCAGUGGUGUUGAUCUGGGGUAAUGACGCUGAGAAGCUGAUGGAGUUUGUGUACAAGAACCAAAAGGCCCAUGUGAGGAUCGAGCUGAAGGAGCCCCCGGCCUGGCCAGAUUAUGAUGUGUGGAUCCUUCUGACAGUGGUGGGCACCAUCUUUGUGAUCAUCCUGGCUUCGGUGCUGCGCAUCCGGUGCCGCCCCCGCCACAGCAGGCCGGAUCUGCUUCAGCAGAGAACAGCCUGGGCCAUCAGCCAGCUGGCCACCAGGAGGUACCAGGCCAGCAGCAGGCAGGCCCGGGGUGAGUGGCCAGACUCAGGGAGCAGCUGCAGCUCAGCCCCUGUGUGUGCCAUCUGUCUGGAGGAGUUCUCUGAGGGGCAGGAGCUACGGGUCAUUUCCUGCCUCCAUGAGUUCCAUCGUAACUGUGUGGACCCCUGGUUACAUCAGCAUCGGACUUGCCCCCUCUGCAUGUUCAACAUCAUAGAGGGAGAUUCAUUUUCCCAGUCCCUGGGACCCUCUCGAUCUUACCAAGAACCAGGUCGAAGACUCCACCUCAUUCGCCAGCAUCCCGGCCAUGCCCACUACCACCUCCCUGCUGCCUACCUGUUGGGCCCUUCCCAGAGUGCAGUGGCUCGGCCCCCACGACCUGGUCCCUUCCUGCCAUCCCAGGAGCCAGGCAUGGGCCCUCGGCAUCACCGCUUCCCCAGAGCUGCACAUCCCCGGGCUCCAGGAGAGCAGCAGCGCCUGGCAGGAGCCCAGCACCCCUAUGCACAAGGCUGGGGACUGAGCCCCCUCCAAUCCACCUCACAGCACCCUGCUGCUUGCCCAGUGCCCCUACGCCGGUCCAGGCCCCCUGACAGCAGUGGAUCUGGAGAAAGCUAUUGCACAGAACGCAGUGGGUACCUGGCAGAUGGGCCAGCCAGUGACUCCAGCUCAGGGCCCUGUCAUGGCUCUUCCAGUGACUCCGUGGUCAACUGCACGGACAUCAGCCUACAGGGGGUCCAUGGCAGCAGUUCUACCUUCUGCAGCUCCCUAAGCAGUGACUUUGACCCCCUAGUGUACUGCAGCCCUGAAGGGGAUCCCCAGCGAGCGGACAUGCAGCCUAGCGUGACUUCUCGGCCUCGUUCCUUGGACUCGGUGGUGCCCACAGGGGAAACCCAGGUUUCCAGCCAUGUCCACUACCACCGCCACCGGCACCACCACUACAAAAAGCGGUUCCAGUGGCAUGGCAGGAAGCCUGGCCCAGAAACUGGGGUCCCCCAGUCCAGGCCUCCUAUUCCUCGGACACAGCCCCAGCCGGAGCCACUUUCUCCUGAUCAGCAAGUUACCAGAUCCAACUCAGCAGCCCCUUUGGGGCGGCUCUCUAACCCACAGUGCCCCAGGGCCCUCCCUGAGCCAGCCCCUGGCCCAGUUGAAGCCUCCAGCAUCUGCCCCAGUACCAGCAGUCUGUUCAACUUGCAAAAAUCCAGCCUCUCUGCCCGACACCCACAGAGGAAAAGGCGGGGGGGUCCCUCCGAGCCCAGCCCUGGCUCUCGGCCCCAGGAUGCAACUGUGCACCCAGCUUGCCAGAUUUUUCCCCAUUACACCUCCAGUGUGGCAUAUCCUUGGUCCCCAGAGGCACACCCCUUGAUCUUUGGACCUCCAGGCCUGGACAGGAGGCUACUACCAGAAACCCCAGGCCCCUGUUACUCAAAUUCACAGCCAGUGUGGUUGUGUCUGACUCCUCGCCAGCCCCCGGAACCACAUCCACCUGGGGAGGGGCCUUCUGAAUGGAGUUCUGACACCACAGAGGGCAGGCCAUGCCCUUAUCCACACUGCCAGGUGCUGUCAGCCCAGCUUGGUGAGUUUUCAGAGGGAAGUGGGUGUGCUAGGGAGAGGAGACUAGAGCUGAAUAUUUCAGGACAGGUGAAGUCAGCCAACAAAGGGUUGAUGGAAGCUGAGACGGAUACAGCAGAGGUGGCAACCAAAACACUUAACCAUCGGGACAGCAUAUCAUGCUGGCUAGAGUGCAGGAAAACCCCAGCUCUGCCAGGUGCUACCCCUUUAGUUGGCAGAUCACAGGGAGGUCCCAGGGAGGUGCUGGUGUGGCUGAGGCAUCAGAAAGGCACUUGGAAGGCCGGGUGUGGUGGCUCACGCCUGUAAUCCCAGAACUUUGGGAGGCCUAGGUGGGUGGAUCCCUUGAGGCCAGGAGUUCAAGACCAACCUGGCCAACAUGGUGAAACCCUAUCUCUACUAAAAGUACAAAAAUUAGCCGGGCAUGGUGGUGGGCACCUAUAAUCCCAGCUACUCAGGAGGCUGAGGCAGGAGAAUCGUGUGAACCUGAGAGGCGGAAGUUGAAGUGAGCCAAGAUGGUGCCACUGCACUCCACCCUGGGUAACAGAGUGAGACUCUGUCUCAAAAAAAAAAAAAAAAGAGGCACUUGGAAUGGUCCCAGGGUAGCAGCUCAAAUAUAAGUGUUUCCAUAUUUUAAUAACUGGUUUAGUUCUACCAAUGCUCACAGCUCAGUAUUAGUUCUAAAUACAAAGAAGGCCAAGAAGUGUUCCUUGGGGAGAGCUAUAGUAGAAAUAAUUACACAUAACCAUAAUACGAGACUAUAUAAGAAGAGCUACGUAAGUAACGAGAAAAAAGAGAGACAGAGAGAGAGAGAGAGAGAGAAACAACAGGUGGUUCCCAGCAGCCCUGUGGGGCCUUAGGUUUUCUUCUCUACCCCUGUGGUAAAAGAACAAGGAGGACUUCCCUUCGACGCAUCAUUAUUAAUAAGACUGACCUUAAUUUCUCGGGGAUUCAGUGCAUCCCUAUAUCAUAAGUGGUGAUCAUGUAAAUUCUCAACUUUAACAUGGUGUUUACUUGUCCACAUAUCUCUCUUUUCCAUUCAGGACCUUCCGCCUUCUACUCCUCCCCAUCUUCCCCCAUUGUGUGGAUGACACAGUUCUUUGUCUACAGUCAUCACUAGAACCCUUCCAACCCAGGAGGUGACACAAAGGUCCUGAAAUAUUCUCCAGUGUAGGAAUUCUUCAUGUGGGACCUAGGAGCUGCCCUCAUCCAAUUCAUUCAUUUAUUCAUUUCCUUCCUCCUUCCUUCCUUUUUUUCCUUCUGACUGUAUGCCUGCUUUGUGCUAGGUUCCAGGCUAGGCUCUGAGGACAUGGAACUUGCCAGUCAGGACACCCAGGUCCCUGGGGAGAGAGCUAUGUACUGCAAGCUUUAGCUAUGUGUUUGUGAUUCCAUUCGGACCCUAUUGUGUGUGUACUUUGAGUGCUGCCAGUACCACACCACUAUCUCCCUUUUCUCUCAAACUCAGAACUAGUUUCAGUGCCUCUCUUUUUCUUGCCUCUCACAUCUGUUAACUGUAUCUUGGCUAGCUUUAUCAUGUUCUUUUCAAGUCCAGUACUGAUGGCCCUGCCAGUGUCUUAGCUAUACCCUAAAGAUCCAUGCAGGAGCCUCCUAGCUCUUCCCUUCCCUCUUACAGGGCCUCGAAGGCUGAGUACUGCCCAUCCAGUAUGUCCCAUAAAGUGCGCCACAGUUCCACUGCUCACUUACCCUCCCUAUUGCUGCCAGCGUCAUCUGCCUUACAGUAAACUGUCCAGAAAUCUUCAAAUGUUCUGUUUGUCCACAGAGAGGAAAAAUCCAAUCUGCUUUGGCCUCAAAGGUUUCUGCACCAGCCAGCCCCCAUCUUCUUUCUCAACCUUAUUUUCUACUCUCUUCCCUCCCUUCCCUGGGCCCAUGCGUUAGCCAAACUGGGUAAACAAUUCUUGUAGUUCCUGUAGCCCGGAAUAUUCUCCUGCCUUCUCUAUUCCCAUAAAUCUAAUUAUUACCUAUUCCUACAGAAUCAGCUCAUUUAUCCCCACUUCCAGGAAGCCUUUCCUGAUUGCUGCACUUGGACCCGGUCUCUCUCCUUCCUUAAUGCAUCUCUCGUGACUCCUGUCCUGUCCCACUGGCGUAAUGGCCAUUUGUUUUCAUACCUUCUCUCCAGAAAGGUUACCAGGUCCCUGCUUAUUCUUUUUGGUCUUCUAUUUGGCACAUGGUAGCAGACCAAAUUCACAACGAAUGCUUAAUAUUUAUUGGGUGAAUAAAUGAAUAGUAAGUAUUGGUAACACACUGGUUGCUAUAUAUAUUUCUUUAGAUUUGUUUUUCUCUCCCCUGUGUCCCAACUGGGGCCCCCUUAGCUUUCAAUCUAGCCACCCUUUCCAGACAGUCUCUGCACCUCCCUCCCUGUGGCCCUCUCCCAGCCACCCUCUUCUGCAGGCGAGAGAAGCAGGUGCCUGGCCUGACCCUCAAUGACCUCUUUCCUCCCCUCUCUCUAAAUACAGGCUCAGAGGAGGAACUCGAGGAGCUGUGUGAACAGGCUGUGUGAGAUGUUCAGGCCUAGCUCCAACCAAGAGUGUGCUCCAGAUGUGUUUGGGCCCUGCCUGGCACAGAGUCCUGCUCCUGGGAAAGGAAAGGACCACAGCAAACGCCAUGCUUUUUGCCAUACUUCCUAGAAGCACUGGAAGAGGACUGGUGAUGGGGAGGGUGGGACGGUGCCGUUUCCUGCUCCAGCUCCAGACCUUGUCUGCAGAACACAUCUGUAGUGCAGGAAAUCCAUGUCCUGCCAGGCAACCAGCUGCUGCCUGUGGUGUGUGUGGGCUGGAUCCCUUGAAGGCUGAGUUUUUGAGGGCAGAAAGCUAGCUAUGGGUAGCCAGGUGUUACAAAGGUGCUGCUCCUUCCCCAACCCCUACUUGGUCUCCCUCACCCCAAGCCUCAUGUUCAUACCAGCCAGUGGGUUCAGCAGAACGCAAGACACCUUAUCACCUCCCUCCUCGGGUGAGCUCUGCACACCAGCUUUGGCCCCUCCACAGUAAGGCUGCUACAUCAGGGCAACCCUGGCUCUAUCAUUUUCCUUUUUUGCCAAAAGGACCAGGAGCAUAGGUGAGCCCUGAGCACUAAAAGGAGGGGUCCCUGAAGCUUUCCCACUAUAGUGUGGAGUUCUGUCCCUGAGGUGGGUAUAGCAGCCUUGGUUCCUCUGGGGGUUGAGAGUAAGAAUAGUGGGGAGGGAAAAACUCCUCCUUGAAGAUUUCCUGUCUCAGAGUCCCAGAGCAGGUAGAAAGGAGGAAUUUCUGCUGGACUUCAUCUGGGCAGAGGAAGGAUGGAAUGAAGGUAGAAAAGGCAGAAUUACAGCUGAGCGGGGACAACAAAGAGUUCUUCUCUGGGAGAAGUUUUGUCUCAGAGCAAGGAUGGAAAAUGGAGACAACAAAGGAAAAGCAAAGUGUGACCCUUGGGUUUGGACGGCCCAGAGGCCCAGCUCCCCAGUAUAAGCCAUACAGGCCAGGGACCCACAGGAGAGUGGAUUAGAGCACAAGCCUGGCCUCACUGAGUGGACAAGAGCUGAGGGGCCUCAUCAGGGUGACAUUCACCCCAGGGCAGCCUGACCACUGUUAGCCCCGCAGGCACUAUCCCAUUUGGAAUGUGAAUGUGGUGGCAAAGUGGGCACAGGACCCCACCCGGGAACCUUCUUCCCUCAGUUAGUGGGGAGACUAGCACCUAGGCACCCACAUGGGUAUUUAUAUCUGAACCAGACAGACGCUUGAAUCAGGCACUAUGUUAAGAAAUAUAUUUAUUUGCUAAUAUAUUUAUCCACAAAUGUG